GAUGAAGGGUAGCAUCCCAAUUAUGGAUUUUUCAACUAUUGUUCCAUUUGGAGGUCAAGAUCUUCUUCGCAGAGGCUUUACAAGUGUGAAAAGUGAAUUGUUGCCCAGCCAUCCACUGGAGCUGUCAGAAAAAAAUUUCCAGUUAAAUCAAGAUAAAACAAACUUUGCCACACUGAGAAAUAUUCAAGGGCUCCAUGCACCUUUGAAGCUGCAGAUGGAAUUCAAAGCAGUGAAGCAGGUCCAGCGUCUCCCAUUUCUUCACAGCUCAAACAUAGCACUGGAUACUCUGAGGGGAAAUGAUGAAAGCAUUGGUUUUGAGGAUAUUCUUAAUGAUCCCUCCCAGAGUGAGGCCAUGGGAGAGCCGCACAUGAUGGUGGAAUACAAGCUGGGUUUAUUGUAA